AUGAGCGUCAUAAGACAAAGAAUCUCAGAAUCUAACUACUACGUGAAGCGCCUAAUAUCGAAUCACAUGAGGAAGUUCAUAGAAAACGGAGGAAGGAACGAAGAUGUGUACGACCUCGUGUUCAAUAUGCUGUUUGAAAAAGAGUACGUAGUAUUCGAAGACGCGUCCAGCUCGAUAUGCUCAAUUGCGAGUAGACGAGGAGAGCCGAGGUACCUAACCAGAAACAGGCUUAACAUACUGAUGGAUUAUAUAUCGGGCCACGAGGAGACGGAGCACCUGGAUAAAGUGUCAAUGGCACUGAGGCUGCUGGAGUUCUGCACGAAGCUGGGAAAGGCAAGCAACGAGUGCUUCGAGCUGCUGAGAGACGAAGAGGCGUACGAUGCAAUAUUUAAGCUCUACAUGAAGGAGGACGUGCUGGUGAAGCUCAACUGCCUGGAAAUACUGGACGCGAUGAUUCCGCUGAUAAAAAAACUUAAGUUCGAGUCGAAGGCGUCCAGAGAGUUCGUGGCCCACGCAGUGAGCCUGUUCACCAAGAGAGACCUGGACGUGGAGGCGGACAUGGUGACAGGGCCGCUGCUGAGGUUCUUUAGCACCAUAGUGCUGAUAGAAAACGUGCUUAACGAGAGCGAAACUGAGCUGUUUUCGAAGUGUGUGGCAGAAAACCUGCUCAACGCAAACAGCAAGUCGGUUCAGUACUACUCGUCGCUAGCAUGCUUCGGACCAAUGUACGUGAGAGGCCUCCUGGACGAGGAAGUAUCGGAAAAGUUCCUGAACGUAGUCAGGAGCUGCACGCACGAGGACACGCUGUACUCGUGCCUGGAGUCGCUGCAGUUCGUAGCAGACUCGGGAGACGAGUCGAAGCGCAAGUUCAUAUCGGAGGCAGCGAAGAACGUGAUACACGCGAUAUCGAAGUUCCCCUUCGGGGAGGUGAGGGAGGCGUGCUUCCAGCUCCUGCUGAGCUCGCUGGAGUUCGAAGGAGUGACGGAGCUGCUGGUGAGUUCGGAGCUAGAAUCCCGGCUUCUGAGCACGCAGGAGAACAACUACGAGACGACGCUGACGAAGAGAAGGCUGAUAAAAAAGUUUCUGGCCAGCGUCGAGGAGAAAUACAGGGACAGCACAUCUCCGCUCCCGGAAUCAGUAGUAAGGUCACUCAGAGGGAUUUAA